UAGAACAACCGGAGCUCUUGAUCAGGAGGCUAUGGUAUCCUUCAGGAAAGCAUAAUAAUCAGCUAGAGAGCGAUAGCUCUCACUUUUCAGCACCAGCAUACAGCCACAUAGUGUAAAAGCAGCUGACAGAGAGAGAGGGACCAACGGCCUACAACCACCACUGCCGGAGGCGGUUUCCGGUGAGCAUGACAGCCCCCACCAAUCGCCAUUGCCACCAUUACAACCUCCAUGCCAUCACUUUGACUUGCAUUGAAUGCUGAAUAUUUUGCUCACAUGCAUUUGGGUUUUGGUGUGAAGCCUAAGCAAACUCUCCCUCUCUUUGUUUAGUCCUUCAGUUAAUUCUCUCCUUCCUCUUUCCAUGGAGCUUAUCACCUAAAGAUUUGGACUUUUGCUUUGCUUUACUUCACUUUACUUCUCCUUCUCUCUAAUCCACCAUAGCAGCCACCUCGGAGCAGCCCGUUCCCAGCCCCAUCAAUGGCCAAAAGGAGCCAUUUUUGUCCCUUCCCUCCUCUGUGCUUCUUCUUCUUCUGGUUCUGGGUCAUUGCACGGGAAGCCAUUGUUGUGGGCUCUCUGUCCUCUGAUGGGCAAGCCCUCCUCUCCCUCCUCUCUGGGGUGGACCCACCUUCGAAGACCUCGUCUCCGUUGCUCUCCUCAUGGGACCCAUCAACCCCAACUCCAUGUUCAUGGCGGGGCGUCACCUGUUCUGCCCAGAACAGAGUAAUCUCUGUUUCCCUCCCAAACACCUUCCUCAACCUCUCCUCUCUCCCUCCUUCCCUCUCUUCCCUCUCCUCUCUGCAACUCCUCAACCUCUCCUCCACCAACGUCUCCGGCGCAAUCCCACCGUCAUUGGGCCAACUCUCCAACCUCCACCUCCUCGACCUCUCGUCCAACUCCCUCACUGGGCCCAUCCCUCCGGAGCUUGGCAACCCCUCUGCCCUCCAGUUCCUCUUCCUCAACUCCAACAAGCUCUCCGGCAGGAUCCCACCUCACCUCUCCAACCUCACCUCGCUCCAGCUCCUCUGCCUCCAGGACAAUCUCCUCAACGGGUCGAUCCCGCCGCAGUUCGGCACCUUAGUCUCCCUUCAGCAGUUCCGGGUGGGAGGCAACCCUUCUCUCACCGGGGAGAUCCCUCCUCAGUUGGGCCUACUCACGAACUUAACCACAUUUGGGGCAGCUGCCACGGGCCUCUCGGGCUCUAUCCCGCCCUCGUUCGGGAACCUCGUCAGCCUCCAGACUCUGGCUUUGUAUGAUACCGACCUCACGGGCUCAAUCCCGCCUGAGCUGGGGUCCUGCGGGGAGCUGACAAACCUGUACCUCCACAUGAAUAAGCUCACCGGGGCAAUACCUUCCCAGUUGGGGAAGUUGCAGAAGGUCACUAGCCUUCUCCUGUGGGGGAAUUCGCUCACCGGUCCAAUCCCGAAGGAGCUCUCGAAUUGCUCGUCCCUUGUGGUUCUCGAUGUCUCUGCCAAUGACCUGUCCGGUGAAAUCCCGGGCGACCUAGGAAAGUUGGGUCAACUGGAGCAGCUUCAUCUUUCGGAUAAUUUGUUAUCGGGCCCAAUCCCGUCUCGGCUCGGUAACUGUACGAGCCUCACUGCCCUUCAGCUCGACAAGAACCAAUUGAGCGGGACGAUCCCACCUCAAGUAGGGGAGCUGAAAUCCCUGCAGAGCUUCUUCCUUUGGGGGAACUCUGUGUCGGGGACGAUACCGAGCGCCUUUGGGAACUGCACGGAACUGUAUGCUCUCGACCUCUCGAGGAAUAAGCUCACUGGACCAAUCCCGGAUGAAAUAUUCAGCCUCAAGAAGCUAAGCAAGCUCCUGCUGUUGGGCAAUUCCCUCUCGGGUGGGCUGUCCCCGAAGGUCUCGAAUUGUCAGUCUUUGGUCAGGUUGAGACUUGGAGAGAACCAGCUUUCAGGCCACAUCCCUCGAGAAAUUGGGCAGCUAGAGAACCUCGUGUUUCUCGAUCUCUACAUGAACUGGUUCUCGGGUAAUUUGCCUUAUGAAAUCUCAAACAUUACAGUUCUUGAAUUGCUUGAUGUGCACCAGAAUUAUAUCACAGGCGAGGUUCCAUCACAGUUGGGUGAGCUUGUGAACUUAGAGCAGCUUGAUCUUAGCCAUAACAGUUUCACUGGUGCGAUUCCGCCGAGCUUUGGGAAUGUGAGUUACUUGAACAAGCUGAUCCUGAAUAAUAAUCUGUUCACGGGUCCAAUUCCAAGUUCGGUUAGGAACUUGAAGAAGCUGACAUUGCUUGACCUGAGCUUCAAUAGCCUGACUGGGGAAAUCCCGCCUGAGAUUGGGUCCAUUAUGAGCUUGGCGAUUGGCUUAGACCUAAGCAACAAUGGGUUCACUGGCCAGAUACCUGAGUCAUUCUCCGAUUUAACUCAGCUGCAGUCGCUCGAUUUAUCCCACAACUCGCUGAGCGGGAACAUCAAGGUCCUGAGAUAUCUUACAAGCCUCACCUCGCUGAACCUGUCAUACAACAACUUCUCAGGCCCAAUACCUGUGAGCCCGUUCUUCAGGACCUUGUCCUCGAGCUCAUACCUCCAAAACCUGAACCUCUGCCAGUCAAUGGAUGGGGUCACCUGUUCUUCGGGCCUGUUUGGGAGGAAAGGUCUGAAGUCUGCAAAGACUAUUGCUCUCGUCUCGGUGAUCUUGGCAUCAGUCACAGUGGCAAUCCUUGUCUCGUGGAUACUGAUCAUCCGGAAUAAAAUGUACGCCCCUGAGAAAUCGCUGGGGGCCUUGGGUGCCCCACCGAGGCCUGAAGACUUCUCGCGUCCAUGGACAUUCAUCCCAUUCCAGAAGGUCAACUUCACGAUCGACAACAUAUUGGAAUGCCUGCAGGAACAAAAUGUGAUCGGGAAGGGAUGGUCGGGGGUGGUUUAUAAGGCCGAGAUGCCCCAAGGGGAAAUCAUUGCAGUGAAGAAGCUCUGGAAGAGUCAGCGGGGUGAAGAGGAACCCGUUGAUUCAUUCGCAGCUGAGAUCCAAAUCCUGGGGCACAUUCGGCAUCGGAACAUUGUGAGACUGCUUGGUUACUGUUCCAAUAAGAGCGUGAAGCUCUUACUUUACAACUACAUUCCAAACGGGAACCUCCAGCAGCUCCUUGAGGUUAACCGAAACCUGGACUGGGAGACGAGGUACAAGAUCGCCAUGGGAUCCGCUCAAGGGCUCGCCUACCUCCACCACGACUGUGUGCCUGCCAUACUUCAUCGAGACGUUAAGUGCAAUAACAUACUCCUGGACUCAAAGUUUGAUGCCUAUUUGGCCGACUUCGGGCUCGCAAAGCUGAUGGGCUCUCCUAAUUAUCGGCAUGCCAUGUCAAGAGUGGCUGGGUCUUAUGGCUACAUUGCUCCAGAAUAUGGCUACACGAUGAACAUAUCGGAGAAGAGCGAUGUGUACAGCUACGGGGUGGUGCUGCUAGAGAUCCUGAGCGGGCGUAGUGCAGUGGAAUCCCAUGCGUCGGGGGAGGGCGGGCUCCACAUUGUUGAGUGGGUCAAGAGGAAGAUGGGGAGCUUCGAGCCCGCAGUGUCGAUCCUCGACGCCAAGCUCCAGGGCCUGCCAGACCAGAUUGUGCAGGAGAUGCUGCAGACCCUGGGGAUAGCGAUGUUCUGCGUGAACUCGUCGCCCGCCGAGCGACCCACAAUGAAGGAGGUGGUGGCCCUGCUGAUGGAGGUGAAGAGCAGCCCACCCGAAGAGUGGGGCAAGACUUCUUCCCAGCCCUUAAUAAAGCAGCCUUCUUGUCAGUGUUAGAUUUAGUUAGUUUCCCCAAUUUUCUUGUCUUUAAUUUCCUUAUCUCUGUUUUCUUAAAUUUGUUUUAGUUUAAUGAAAGACAUUUGGUCAUUGAGAUUUCUUCUAUAUAUGCCCCAAUAGAGAGAGAUUCAUCUUGAGAAGAUUGAAUGUACUAAUUGGGCUUUGUACAGAAUUAGGAGGAAUGCAAUUGAUUUUCUUCUGCA